AUGGAUACCAACAGAAAGCGCAAGAACGAAGACAAAGAAGGCGAAGAGCUAAAUAUGGGCUCUGGAAUCCGACGAAAGGUCGACAUCGACGAAAGCUUCGAGAAAGAACUGCAAGCCGAGCGGGGAAUCACGAUACUCAAAACAAAUACAGAGAAAAAGUCAGAAAAGCGUCUCAUUGUUGUGCUCGAGAACGCAAAUCUUGAACUUGUGAAGAAUGGGAAGAAAGUUGAAUUGUUGAACGCAGACACGCACAGAAACAUACUGAAAAAGCACGGACGGGAUAUUGGUUCGGCCAGGCCUGAUAUCACGCAUCAGACAUUGUUGAAUCUGAUGGACUCGCCGUUGAACAGAGCGAACCUACUUCAAGUUUACAUCAAAACCUGCAAGAAUGUAUUGAUCGAAAUCAACCCGGCUACGCGUAUUCCACGAACUUUCGACCGUUUUUGUGGAUUGAUGGUGACGCUCCUUGAAAAGUUGAGCGUGAGAGCGGACGGUGGCCCAAUCAAGCUGAUGAAGGUGAUAAAGAAUCCAGUCACAGAUCAUCUUCCUGCAGGCUGCAAGAAAACUCUCUUCACGUACACGACGAGCGGAAUCAUUCGUCCUGCUCAGCUCGCGGCGGAAGCUGGCGACAUGCCUCACUGCGUCGUAAUCGGCGCCAUGGCUCACGGCAAGGUGGACGUAGAUUAUUGUGAGAAGGAAGUUUCGAUAUCGCAUUAUCCUCUUAGUGCUGCACUCUGCGCUGCUAGAUUGACGGCUGCCUUUGAAGAGCACUGGGGCAUUCACUAA